UCUCUCCUUACUCCUGAUUUGCGUAUUGAAGAUUACUUAACGCAGAUUAAUUCCAGAGGGUGGUAGUGGACUCUAGGCCGCGAAAGUUUAUGCUAGAAGAAAAGGUGUAAUGAUGGUAUCUCCUCGGGAAGAGCAAUCUUAUCCCUUUGUAGAUAUAUAUGAUGAAGAUGAAGCUGACAAAGCGUUUCUUAUGUCAAAGCCUACUUGCUUCCUCAUCCUUGGAAAACCAGGUGUUGGGAAGAAAACGCUAGCUACAAAAUUAGCACAGAUUUGGAAAUGCACGCUCAUAGAUGUUUUUGAGCUUAUAGAUGAGAACAUAUCAUCAGGAACAGAAUAUGGACUCAAGAGUAAGGAAUUGCUAUAUCAAGGUCAAAGUAUUCCUGAAGAAUUGAUUGUAAAGAUGCUUCUGAACAAAAUGGAAACUCCAGAGGUUACUCACUUUGGCUAUGUUCUCUGCGAUUUUCCUUCUCUUUCUGAGGAAUAUAUGGCUAUAACAGAACAGAUAGAGAUAAUUAGAAAUUUAAAAUUAAAACCAGAUUUCUUGAUUAAUAUUAAGUGUCCUGACUAUGAUUUGUGCCAAAGACACUCUGGGCAAAGACAGCUUCAUGCAACAGGGCAAAUAUUUCAAAGAGAUGAAUGGGAUCCUGAUAUUAUUGAAAAACGGAGAAAAAAGAAGAAGGAACCAAAUAAAGCUGGAGAAGAAGAGGAGGAAGCAGAAGAAGAGGAGGAGGAGGAGGAAGAGGCAGCUGAGGCAGCAGCAGAUCAACUUAUGCUGACGGAAAUUUUACCUCAUUUAGUUCAGAGACCAGAAGAUUUUUUAGAAAAUGUACAACGGAAAAUUGAAAUUUACAGGGAUACUUUGCUACAUCCUUUAGAGGAAUUAAUGGCUGAUCAGGAUUCCCAGUAUCUUAUUGAACUAGAUGGAAAUAAAUCUCCAGAUGAACUCUUUACAGCAGUAAUAGUCCGUCUUCAGUACAUGGGCCUGAGAAAUGGAGCUCUUAUAACCAGACUCCAGAGUGCAGAGGAAGAAACAUUAGAAGGAUUAGAAAAUGAUGAAAUUUUUCGGGCUCUCGCAGCUUACAAACUUGUAGCCCCGAGAUACAGAUGGCGGCGCAGCAGGUGGGGACGAGCAUGCCCUGUGGCUUUAAAGGAUGGUGAAAUUGUCAUGGGAUCACCAGACAUGGCAGUCAGCUUCUUAGGUAAGAUGUACACACUCUCAUCUGAGGAAGCCCUGAAAACAUUUAUGCUGAACCCUCGUCCCUUCCUGCUACCGCCUAUGCCACUUCCACCUUGUAAAGUGAUAGUCAUUGGACCUCCAUUUUCUGGGAGGUCAACCCUGUGUAAUGCUAUUGCAAACUACUAUACUGGAAAGGUUCUUGAUAUGGAUGUUCUUCUUAAGGAACAUUUGGAGGAAGCAAGAUUAACGCUCAUAGAGCAAACUCGUGCUGAAGCAACAGAAGCAGGCAUAGUCAAAGUGAAAGAAAAAAUAGAAAUGGAACGACUGUUCAGGGAGCAAGCUGCACUAAGUGCCCUAGAGGCAUCUAGUGAUAAGGAGUUAGAGGACUUUGAAGAAAGUUUCCAAACUGAUGAAAGAAGUAUAUCAGAACAACUUAGUGCUUCAACAUCAAGAAACCAAAGAGCUGACACUACAGAAAGUACUAUGAAAGAAGAGACAUCUGGAGAGUUUUCCACAUCCCGGAUAGAACAGCAAACUGACUCAUCAUUACAAACAUUAGAUUCGAAUAUAACUCCUGACCAUCCAGAGGUCCAAGAGAUAGUAGAGAAAGCUAUUCAGGCUGUGUUGCAGUCUCCCAUUUUACUGCCACCGGAAAUAUAUGCUACUGUAUUAGAAGAAGUCAUUACAGAGCUUACUAAAACAAAUAAGGACAGAUUUUUGGGUGCUCCAUUAAAAGGCGGAUGGGUAGUGGAUAAUUUUCCUCCACUGAUAGAGCACUGGACAGCUUUGACAGAAAAAGGACUUCUACCAGAUAUUCUGAUUUGUUUAAAGAAUACUGAACAAAAUGGAAAGUGCUUAAUGAAUAGACUAUAUGUAGCAAAUAAAGAUGAAAUUAAUGACAAGAUUCUAAAAAGACUAACAGAUGAAGCUUUGAAGCGAAAACAGGAGGAAGAAGAAACAAGGAAAGAAUUGCAAGAAAUGAUGAGAUUGGAAGCUAUUGAAAGUGUUGAUGAAAGAGAUGUAGCCACAGCAUCUUUCGAGGAAUUGUCUGUGUCUGAACAAGAACAAACUGCACAAUCUCUUGAUUCUGCUGCAUCUGAAGGGAAAGCAAAAUCUAAAGAAUCAUUAGGAUCUCAGCAUUUGCUGUCUAUGCCAUCUGAGAGUUCUAAAGAACAGUCUGAGCCAGAAGCUAAAGAAUACUUUGAAAGUGAAGAAGUAAUUGAGUUGCAAUCAUCUGGACAGCAGCAAGAAACUAAAGACAUUGUGCCUGAGUUAGGAAUCAAGCUUCCUGAAUUUCCUGAGGAUGGUUUCCCAGAUGGGCCAGAAAUGGAGCCACUUAAAAACAAAAUUAGCCUUUUCAUGAACCUUUGGCAAAAACUGGAGGCUGUGGUUGCAGAGGCACCUUUAGUUCAGAUUGCUGAUAUUGAAAUUGAAGGACAAACUCCAGAGAUGUUGCUUGAUCUGUGUGAUCGAGCUAUGAAGAGACCUCUUAAAUAUUAUGGCUGGGAAAUAGCUCAAGAAGAUGAAGAUGAAGAACAAGACGAUUUGCAGGCUGAAACAGAAGCAUUGGCAGAGGAGGAAGAGGAAGAAGAUGAUGAUGAUGAAGAAGGUGAAGAGGAAGAAGAAGAUGAAGAAAAAGCUGCUGAGAGGAAGAGGCACAUGGGAGACACAAAACACUUUUGUCCAGUGAUUCUGAAGGAAAACUUUAUCCUUUGCCCAGGAAGUUAUGAUAAUGGAGCCAAGUAUCAAGACAAGUACUAUUAUUUUUCAACUCAAGAAAACAGAGAGAAAUUUUUGGAAACUCCUGAAGUUUACGUGUCUCACAAUGAGCCAUUAAAAGUUCCACCUCUUAGGGUAUGUCUCUUAGGGUCACAUGGAGCAGGUAAAACUCUCUGUGCCCGCUGGUUAGCAAAUAAACUAGGAAUUUUCCACAUUCAGUUUGAAGAACGCUUACAGGAACUGAUCAUGCUGAAAACUGGGACCAGAGUUGGACCGGAAACUGAAGAAGAAGACGAAGAAGAGGAUGCUGCAAUGCAAGAAAUGGGGAGACCUAUUCCACAUAUUCCUGAUAGUGGAACUGAAAUUGAUAUGGAGAGUGAAGAAGAAAAUAAGCAAUCGCCAGAGCAGAAAGAAUUUCAAUUAACAGAUGAAGAAGAAGCAAUCAAGGCAAACUUGGUAGAAAAUGAAGCCUUACCACCAGAGGUGCUUGACAAUAUUGUUCCUGAAUGGUGGACAAAGGAACCCUUUCGAUCUACAGGAUUUAUACUGGAUGGUUUUCCUCGAACAGUGGAUGAAGCAGCAUAUUUAACAGAACGUGGACUUUGUCCAGACAUUGCAGUUUUUCUUGAAGUUGAAGAAGAUGAUGUUUCUGAUCGAAUUCUUCCCACACGUUUGCAAAAAUGGCAAGAGAAACAAUUCCAAAAAAAGGAGAGGAAGCAGAAGAUGAAGGAUCAGAAAGCAAAAAUAAGAGAAGACCAAAUUAUCAAAAGGAGGGCAGAACUUUUUGCAGCACAAGCAAAAAGGAGAGAGAAUGCUGACGCUAGGUUUGAAAGUGAGGUUGCUGAUGAAGAUGAUGAAGAUGAAGAAGAUGAUAUUGAAGCAAUUUUGGAAGAAGAGUUUCCAAAAGAAGAGGAUGACAUGGAAGAUGAGGAUGAGGAGCAGGAAGCUGAAGCAACUGAACGCUUGAAAACAGAAAUUGCAGAGAAGUUUGAAGCAGAUUUGAAUAAUAUGCAAGCUGUACAGGAAGAACUUGAAAAAAUAUCAAUACCUCAAGUAACUAUCGGAAGCAAGCGAAAACCCCACAUCGUGUGUUACCAGUUGUAUAAAAAGCUAAAGGACCUAGUGGAAAAUCGUGAAAGUCUUUUUGAGAAAUGUUAUCCAAUAAGUGUGCCACUUGCACGGAAAAUGAUAGCUCUGUCUUACAAACAUCCAAGCAAUUUUGGAGGAUGGGACCCAAUCAAGCUAAGUGAAGGAGAGUCAAUCAAGCCGUAUGAAAGUCCCGAUACUCCAACCUUUCCAGUUAUCCAUCGAAACUCUAUUUAUUUUUUUUCAAGCAAAGAAAAUAGAGAGAAGUUUAUGAAAAAUCCUAUCAAAUAUAUUCGCCAGCCCAAACCUAAAUCUACCAUGCCAGUCAAGAUUGCAAUAGUGGGACCUCCAAAAUCUGGAAAGACAACAGUUGCCAAAAAAUUUGCAAGUGUAUAUGGAUUAAUGCGCCUUUCCAUGGGAGAUGCCAUACGUAUGGUUUUAAAUGACCAGCCAGAAACUGAAUUAGCACUUAUGCUGAAAUGGCACCUUCACAAAGGAUUGACUGCACCUGAUGAACUUGCCAUCCAGGCUCUAGAUAUUGCGUUGAUGGAUACAGUGUACAAUACUGUGGGAUUUGUUAUUGAUGGGUACCCUGUAACAAGAAAACAAGUUAACCUCUUAGAAUAUAUGAAAAUAAUUCCAGUAAAAAUCUUUGAGAUGCAAAUUGAUGCGAAAGAAGUCUUCAGAAGAGCACUUCUAGAUAAACAAAGCCCUGACAGACCUCCUUAUCCACUACAUGACAGCUCUCAGAUUCUUUCUAUCAAGAAUUCAUGCUAUAGAACACAAAUUGAAGAAAUCAGGGCUUACUAUGAAGAGCAACACCAGAACUGGUAUGUCGUUGAUGCAUUCCACAGCAAAUGGUGGAACUGGAACAAAGUGCUUGAGGAAACAGAGAUAAUCACUAAACAAAUCCAGUUGUAUCUGGAAAAAAUAAGGCAAGGGAAAGCUGCAAGUAUUGCUGAUUUGUGUAUCACACCACAAGAACUGCUCUCUCGGCUGGGAGAGUUUGGACAAUACUGUCCUGUCAGUCUUGCAGAAAAGGGAGAACUUGUUGAUUGUUCUGUAACUCCUUCUCUGAAGUUUGCAGCAGAGUUUCGAGGGCAUUACUACAAAAUGGCUGGACAGGAAGAGCUGGAUAAAUUCCUGAAUACACCUGAAUUAUAUGUGCCUCCACUGGCACCUCAUCCUCUUCCUCUCCCAAGUAAGCUACCAAAGAAACUGACUGCAGCAGAAGUGAAGUCCUUAUUCCCCAUGCAAGCUGAAAUGCAAGGAUACUGUCCAGUCACUUAUCUAGAUGGGAAGAAAAGGUAUGAAGCACUGGUACCUGGUGACAUUGAAUAUGCUGUUCUGUAUCGCAAAAAGCUAUAUAUUUUUGAAAGUGAAGAUAAACUUCAGAAGUUUAUGAGACUGCCAGAAAAAUACUGGAAACAGACACUGCCUCAUAAACUUCCUCCCAAAAAGGAGCCUGUGUUGCUGACAGCUCUUCCCUUGACAGGAUAUCUUGAACAGGGGGUAGCAACUGCCCUAAUAAAAGCAAUGAAUGAAGUAGGUUGUUUAAAGCCAAAAUUCCCAUUCCUAAGUGUGAAAAAAACUGCGCUCCUGUUCAUAGCCUAUCAUUUGAAAGCAUUUAACUCCAGAAGCUCUGACUAUGUACGAAAGAAGUACAAGAGGAAGUUGGACUGGUUCAUAGAUAACUGUGAACUUAUCCCAUACCUGGGAACCAAAAUGACAAAGAAAUAUAAAGAACCUCAAAAUCGACCAAUUGAUUUUGAUUACAAAUUACAGACCUUUCUGUCUCUCAGAGGUGUGGACCCGGCUUCUCUUUAGAUUGGAAAAUUGCACAAUAUUGAAAAAGUCAGGCAGUCAAAUCUGAAUGCUAAAUUCUAAGAAGACGAAUUUCUUAUUGUGGACACUCCCUACAAAAGCCAAUGGAAAAUGAGCUACUGAUCAGGCUAGCUGUUAGGCCUUUUCAAGCAGUACAUCUAAGACUAUACCGUAUGUUUUAUGCAUUUUAAUAGGACCAUUUACCAACAGUUAUGGUCAGUUCUGCAAGAUUUUAUUUAAUUCUAAGCAUCUUUCCUUGAGAAAUGAGUUGCACUGAUUUCAGAGGACUAAAAUAAACUAUGUAUAAUUUUUUAAUGUUUUCAAGUGGCCAUUGAAGCUGAUUUUUUCAAUCUCCAUUGCUGUUACAUGUUUAAUUAGUAUGUAGCAUUUAAUAGAAUGCUUUUGACUUUCAGGUUUAGCAAUAUUAACUUGUUCUUUUCACAUUUUGUGAAAUA